UGGACGACAGCUGUCUUCCACUAUGCGUAAAAAUGAGAGCUAACAUGGGAUAUCAUUUCAAAAUUCAACUAGAGUACUUCUGUCUCCAGCCUCACUUAAACGUCAUUGGUUGUUUUUAUCUAUGUUUCGACCGUCUACGCUGGCUUUUAAUUGGGGCACAGUUUUCAGCUCCGGUAAAUAUAAAGUGAAGUCGAGGAUUGGAAUGGGAUGCGGAAGCUAGCCGCACAGCUACCCACGGGUCAGGAGAGAGCCGUGACUUUGUGUUUUUUGUCUCUACUAAGUAAGAUGACUGGACAUGGUUUACACUUUUAAACCUUUUACACCCAUGUUUGAAACGAUCCUAUAAUGCAGCAGUGCUGAAAUUGCUACGCACACACUCUGAACAUGUCAGCUGUUCAAGACAUGUCUGGUUUGUUUUCAUAUUUGUCAAACACUGUAGAACCUCCUUCUGCAAAGCUAAGCCACCUUUCGUUGAGGAGCCUUACACGCCGGCUGUACAUGUGUCUUACAUACUUAAACGGACCUUGACUUAAAGGAUAAUAGUUGAAGUCUUGUGAAUCAAGAAAUAGACUCAGAUGCUAUGUACAGUAUGUCACACUGAAAACUUGCAAGGUUGCAGCCACCCUGCAGCUAAGAUUCCUUGCCAGUUGCAUGGGAAAAUAAGAUAUGGGUGGCUCGGUGUCCUGUUGCAUCUCUGCGAGAGAGAGUCCCAAAAACCACAGGAGAGAUCUGGAGUUGGAGGAAUGUCCUUUCAGUGCACAGGAUGUGAGUGAGGACACUGGGACCUACCUGCAACACAUCAGUGACAGAGAGCUCCCAGAUGAGCUUGCUCAAGAGGCCAACCCAUCGGACCACCCCAGAGCCAGCACCCUCUUCCUCAAUAAGUCUCAGACGGAUGUGAGAGAGAAACGGAAAAGCAACUACAUAAACCAUGUGUCCCCUUGCCUCCUGUCAAGGAAGUACAGCUCCUGCUCUACAAUCUUCCUAGAUGACAGUACAGUCAGCCAGCCCAACCUCAAGAACACCAUCAAAUGUGUGGCCUUAGCCAUAUACUAUCACAUAAAGAACAGAGAUUCCAGUCGCUCACUGGACAUAUUUGAUGAGAGGAAACACCCACUUUCGCACGAGAAAGUUGCAGACAACUACUCGGCUGUGAACCCUGAGCACAAGCUUAUCUACCGCUUCAUACGCAUGCUGUUCAGCUCUGCACAGCUUACUGCCGAGUGCGCCAUUGUGACACUGGUGUACUUGGAGCGGCUGCUCACCUAUGCAGAGAUGGACAUCUGUCCUUCCAACUGGAAGCGCAUCGUUUUAGGUGCCAUCCUGCUAGCCUCGAAAGUCUGGGACGACCAGGCAGUAUGGAACGUCGACUACUGCCAGAUCCUCAAAGACAUCACUGUGGAGGACAUGAAUGAGAUGGAACGACACUUUCUUGAAUUGCUCCAGUUCAACAUCAACGUCCCAGCCAGUGUCUAUGCCAAAUACUACUUUGACCUGCGGUCCCUUGCCAAUGAUGACAACAACUUUGGCUUCUCCAUGGAGCCACUCAGCAACAAGCGGGCCCAAAAGCUGGAGGCGAUCUCCAGGCUGUGUGAGGACCGGUACAAGGACCUGAGUAAAACCUCUUUACGGAGGUCUGUCAGUGCAGAGAACCUGGGUGCUGUCAAGAACACAAAGGCAGUACUGUCCUAAUUUGAAACCCACAAGGGUCGCGGGCGUGCUGGAGCCUAUCCCAGCUGUCAUCGGGCAGGAGGCGGGGUACACCCUGAACUGGUUGCCAGCCAAUCGCAGGGCACAUACAAACAAACAACCAUUCGCGCUCACAGUCACACCUACGGGCAAUUUAGAGACUCCAAUUAAUGCAUGUUUUUGGGAUGUGGGAGGAAACUGGAGUGCCCGGAGAAAACCCACACAGGCACGGGGAGAACAUGCAAACCCCACACAGGCGGGGCCGGGGAUUGAACCCGGCUCCUCAGAACUGUGAGGCUGACGCUCUAACCAGUCGUCCACCGUGCCGCUUUGUUUUCAACAGUUAAGCGAAUAUUGACGUGAAAAGUGUGGCAUGCAUUUGUAUUUGGCGCCCGCUAAAUACAAUCCAAUGCAAUCCGUAGCCUCCAGAAGUCAUAAUUAGUAUGAGUAAAUGGAGUCCACCUGGGUGUAAUUUACUCUCAGUAUAAAUACACCUGUUCUGUAAAAACCUCAGUGGUUAGAGAAAACGAGUGAACAACAGGCGUCAUGAAGACCAAGGAACAGAGGCAUCAGGGAUAAAAUUGUGAAGAUGUUUAAAGCAGGGUUAGGUUAUAAAAAACAUCCCAAGAUUUGAACGUCUCAAGGAGCACCGUUGAACCCAUAAUCCCAAAAUGAUGGCCCAACUGCAAAUUUACCAAGGCAUGGCCGUCCACCUAAACAGACUGCACAAGUGAGGGGAGCACUGAUCAGAGAAGCAGACAAGAGGCCCAUGUUCACUCUGGAGGAGCUGCAGAAAUCCACAGCUCAAGUGGGAGUAUCUGUCCACUGGACAACUAUAAGGCGUACACUCCAGAAGUCUGGCCUUUACGUAAGAGUUGGCAGAAGAAAGUUGAAAGAAAGGCGUCACAAGUUCCAUUUGCCAUGUUGGGGAUGCCACAAAUGUGGAAGUUGUUGGUCAGAUGAGACCAAAGUUAAUUUUUUUGGCCUAAAUGCAAAGUGUUACAGUAUGUAUGGCAGAAAACUAACACUGCUCAUCACCCUGUACACACCAUCUACUGUGAAACACGGUGGUGGCAUCAUGCAGUGGGGAUGCUUUUCGUCAGCAGGGGCUAGGAAGCUGGUCAGCGUUGAUGGGUGAAUUGACAAAAUUAGUUAUAUUAACCUUUAUAAGGUUGAAUGUAUUCUUUGUGUAUUCUGUUGUUCCAUAACUCACUCCAGUGUGUCCACCUUGCUUAGCCAGUUAUCCUGUAGAACAGUAAGUCGAUAUCGAUAAGGAUGCUGCUGGAUGUUUAUGAACUUUCUCUCAUGGGAAUUUAUUCGAUCUGACUGAAGAAACUUCCUUUUAAUGUGUUUUUUGCGGUUUGGCUUCAGAGAUCGUGUGGUGGGUUGUAAGGAGCAUUAGGAACUCUAGCUGUCUGUCCCUCUCACCUCAUAUCACUUUGUCUGUAUGUGUACAUACAGUGGGUACGGAAACUUUUCAGACCCCCUUAAAUUUUUCACUCCUUGUUAUAUUGCAGCCAUUUGUUAAAAUCAUUUAAGUUCAUUUUUUCCUCAUUAAUGUACACACAGCAACCCAUAUUGACAGAAAAAAAAGUAAUUGUUGAAAUUUUUGCUGAUUUAUUAAAAAAGAAAAACUGAAAUAUCACACAGCCAUAAGUGUUCAGACCCUGUGCUGUGAUACUCAUAUAUUUAACUUGGGUGCUGUCCAUUUCUUCUGAUCAUCCUUAAAAUUGUUCGACACCUUCAUUGGAGUCCAGCUGUGUUUGAUUAUACUGACUGGACUUGGUUAGGGAAGCCACACACCUGUCUAUAUAAGCCCUUACAGCUCACAGUGCAUGUCAGAGCAAAUGAGAAUCAUGAGGUCAAAGGAACUGCCUGAAGAGCUCAGAGACAGAAUUGUGGCAAGGCACAGAUCUGGCCAAGGUUACAAAUAAAUUUCUGCUGCACUUAAGGUUCCUAAGAGCACAGUGGCAUCCAUAAUCCUUAAAUGGAAGAUGUUUGGGACGAUCAGAACCCUUCCUAGAGCUGGCCAUCCGGCCAAACUGAGCAAUCGGGGGAGAAGAGCCUUUGUGAGAGAGGUAAAGAAGAACCCAAAGAUCACUGUGGCUGAGCUCCAGAGAUGCAGAUGGGAGAAAGUUCUAGAAAGUCAACCAUCACUGCAGCCCUCCACCAGUCGGGGCUUUAUGGCAGAGUGGCCCGACGGAAGCCUCUCCUCAGUGCAAGACACAUGAAAGCCUGCAUGGAGUUUGCUAAGAAAACACCUGAAGGACUCCAAGAUGGUGAGAAAUAAGAUUCUCUGGUCUGAUGAGACCAAGAUAGAAAUUGUUGGCCUUAAUUCUAAGUGGCAUGUGUGGAGAAAACCAGGCACAGCUCAUCACCUGUCCAAUACAGUCUCAACAGUGCUGCAUGGUGGUAGCAGCAUCAUGCUGUGGGGGUGUUUUUCAGCUCCAGGGAAAGGACGACUGGUUGCAAUCGAAGAAAAGAUGAAUGCGGCCAAGUACAGGGAUAUCCUGGAUGAAAACCUUCUCCAGAGGGCUCAGAACCUCAGACUGGGCCGAAGGUUCAUGUUGGAUUUAUCUUGCCCAACAUUAUAAAAAAUAGACACAAAAGGAAUGAAGACGCUGGUUUCUUUUUCUCAUGAGGAGGGCGCAUGGGAGAUUGUUCAGAUUACAGCCUCUCAACACGCUCUAAACAAUCUCUCCCGUCGCUCCUGCAUUUAUUUGAAAAUAGGGAGGUUUCUAAGUUUACAAGACACAGCACACUAAGGGGAGGGUUUCAAGGUGAAAACAUGGCACCAACACCUGCCACGUCCCGGCCACGUCCUUCUCUCAGGUGAUUCCUGCUGAGUCAUCUUCUUGAAGGCGAGACAUCUUUCUUUCUAAAAAUUGUCCAUAAUACUAAUGCAAGCUAAGCAAAUAAAUGAUAACUUCUACAAUAUAUCCAACAGUUCACCUUCAAACAAGACAAUGACCCUAAACACACAGCUAAAAUACAGAAGGAGUGGGUUCAGAACAACUACGUGACUGUUUUUGAACGGCCCAGCCAGAGCCGUGACUUAAACCCAAUUCAACAUCUCUGAAAAGAAUUGAAAAUGGCUGCCCACCAACGUUUCCCGUCCAACCUGACAGAACUGUAGAGGAUCUGCAAGGAGGAAUGGCAGAAGUUCCCCAAAUCCAGGUGUGAAAAACAUCAUUCACAAAAAGACUCAUGGCUGUAUUAGCUCAAAAGGUUCCUUCUACUAAAUACUGCGCUAAGGGUCUGAAUACUUAUGGCUGUGUGAUAUUUCAGUUUUUCUUUUUUAAUCUGCAAAAAUUUCAAUAAUUCAGUUUUUUUCUGUCAAUAUGGGGUACCGUGUGUACAUUAAUGUGGAAAAAAAUGAACUUAAAUGAUUUUAGCAAAUGGCUGCAAUAUAAAAAAGUGACAAUUUUAAUGGUGUCUGAAUACAUUCCAUACCCACUGUAUUAUGUAAAAAGCACUUCGUAAUAAAACACUCACAAAGAUUCCUUUCUUAUUAUUUUUCAAAACAUGGGAAGAUGGAUGGAUCAUACAGGGCAAUCCUGGAAGAAAACCUGUUGGAGGCAGACUGGGAAGGAGUUAAAUCUUCCAGUAAGGCAUGCUAGACAUAAAGCCAGAGCUACAACGGAAUCAUUAAGAUCAAAGAAUAUUCAUGUGUUAAAUUGGCCCAGUUAAAGUUCAGACCUAAAUCCUAUUGAGCAUCUGUGGCGAGACUUAAAUCGCUGUGCAGAUGCUCUCCCUCCCAUCUGGCUGAGCUUGGGGUAUUUUGCAAGGAAAAAUGGACAAGAAUUUCUGAGUAGUGCAAAGCUGGUAAAGAAAUACCUCAACAGAAACAGCAAAAUGUGGCUUUAAGAAGUAUUGAUGCAGGGGAGCUGACUACAAAUUAACAAAUUUUUCAGAUGUUUUUUAUUUUUAUUUUAUUUUAUUUUUUUAUUUGCUUACAUUUUUUAAAAAUGUGCUUCAUUUCCGUUCCACUUUAUACUACUUUGUGUUGGUCGAUCACAUAAAAUCUCAAAUCCGUUUAAGUGUGCGGCUGUAAGGUGCCAAAAUGUAAAAUAGUUACAAGGUUAUGAAUGCUCCUUCAAGGCACUGUAUUUUGGCUGAAAUGUAACAGAUGCUAUUCAACUAAAAUAAAAAGGAGUAUUGUAGU